CGAAACAAAGAAGACAUUUUGAAGAUAGGUGAGCAUCUAAAGUGAGCAGGAAGGAUCAACGGCGUUUCUUCGUAAGUGAAGUAACCAAGUGAGUCACGCCAGUGAAUGACCAUCGCUCGCCUGGCAGCCACCGAGCGGAUAUGCGCUAGGCAACUGUAUGACCGUCUGCGUUUUAUCCUGUAUGCCAGACUGUGUCACGGCCAUGGCUUCCGUAUAUGUUGAAUGAUAUAUCCCGUCUUGUGUCACCUCGCUUAAACGCUGCCCCACUUCUCGAAGGGACGGAGAGUCAUGAAGUUCUCUAUCCUUCACCGGUCUUGUCCUCCUUAUAAAUAUCGCACCUAGUUUACUCACAUGGUUAACGUAGACAUCAGGGGCAUCAAAGCACUAUAGUGAACUUUUGGUAACAGAGAAUCCAAAAAUGAGAAGGUAGGUAGAGGUAAAGUUGGGGGCAUGUGCUGUUGAUGCGCGAGACCGCGUUGUUCAUCUCCGUCGCAUUGGCCCUUGAGCUUGUGGCCGCAAGAACCCGAGACACAGGGCCUGUGUGACAUCCGGGUUACCUCAGUUACCUUCCCCAGGUUUCCCUAGGUACCCAUUUACUGACCACAGUCCGAAAGGGAUGAUGAACAGCUGGGUGAGCUACACGCCGACUGCCCGGACUGGGAUUCGAAGCCGGGCAACUGGAUUCGUAGCUAUUUUUUUUUAUAAAGCCACGCUAACCAUUGGACCACGGAGGCGUUUAUUGAUAAGAAAGAUAAUAAUGUUUGUAAAUUGCUCUUUUUAUUUAUUUACCUAUUUAUUUAUUUAAGUUUCGGUGCUGGCUGUAGCGCAGGCAGACUAUCACGAGGGGCCUCUUCGACGACCCCAGUCCGUUAGUGGAGCAGGCAAAUUUUAUCUAUAGUGGCUGCCGUGGUGUGUGACUCUUGCUGACCCAUGCUGCCCGCCGGUGCUCCUCUUGACCGAAGUCUCUGAAGUUAGUGUUGAUUGAAGAUCAGCGGUUCUUCUGCACCGGUUCUUGUCCUCCUCAUAAACGACACAUCUAAUUUACUCACAUGGCUUAUAUACACACCCAGCAUUAUAUAGUCCGUAGUAAGCUUUUGGUAAUGAUGAAUCCAAGAAUAAUAAUAAGUGUGUGGUGGGACCAGUUUAGUGAUCCCGAUGAAGAGGCGGAUGCAACUCCUCAUCCGCACAAUAACAACACUCGUGCCCACUCCUGUCCCCGUGUCCCACUUACUUCGCCGGUGUCUCCAGGCAUAUUUCCGAAGGUAUUCUUUGAUACCAACAUCAUGGCACAAUCCAGCUUCAAGCAGUACCUCCGCUCCCUUCGGUGGACGCCCCUCCCUGUGGGUGUUGGCUUGGCUUUGAUUGCCUUCCAGCAGUACAGACACACCAGGAAGAGAGAGGCAGCAAGGCUAGGCCAAGUUGACCCAUGUGAUUGCUUGGCUGAUGAGUGGGAAGUUGAAGCAUACAAGUUGCUGCCACUCCGACAGUUCUCAAAGGCUUGGGGCUGGGUCAAUGCACUUGAGCUUCCAGAAUGGUCAAGAAAGUCUGUUUUGGGCCUUUAUGUGCGAACCUUUGGCUGCAACAUGGCUGAGGCUGAGGUAGAAGACUUGAACAAAUAUAGGUGCUUGUCUGAGCUAUUCCGGCGCUCCCUGAAGGAAGGUGUGCGGCCGGUAGACCCAACAGCUGCUGUGGUCAGUCCAGCAGAUGGCAGAAUCUUGUCUUUUGGAACUGUCAACUGUGGCACUAUGGAUCAAGUCAAGGGUGUUUCUUACUCCUUACGCAAAUUCCUGGGACCAAACUGUUGGAGUGAGGGUGGCCCAAUGGUAGUGGCCAAGAGGGAUGAUGAUGACUGUUUCCACCGCACCUGCCUCAGUGACGAGGAGAACAAUGCUCUAUAUCAGUGUGUUGUGUACCUGGCCCCAGGGGACUACCACCGCUUCCACUCAUGCGCUGACUGGAAGGUGUCAUUCAGGCGCCACUUUCCCGGUGAGCUGUUGAGUGUGAAUCCAUCCAUCGCAGCCUGGAUUAGAGACCUUUUUGUGCUGAAUGAAAGGGUCAGCUAUGUGGGCAAGUGGAAACACGGGUUUUUCUCCAUGACAGCAGUUGGGGCAACCAACGUGGGAUCCGUUCAGGUUUACUUUGAUAAGGACCUCAAGACCAAUGAUACGAUACGAAGCAAAAAUGUAUUCCACGAUCAGCACUUUGAUGAUAGAUUAGUAGAGCUAACAAGAGGUGGUGCUUUUGGCGAAUUUAAUUUAGGAUCCACUAUAGUGAUAGUGUUUGAGGCCCCAAAAGACAUUGUACCUUGUGUUGAGGUGGGACAGAAAGUGAGGAUGGGUCAGGCCCUGUUUAGGUUACCUCAUUCAUAUGUAGGCAUGGCAAUGAAUGAAAACCAACACCGGGGACCACAGAGGUAAGCCUCACAAGGGUCCCACAAGUGAAAGAUGUGUGUAUAUAGAAGAAAAUAUUUAUGGAGGCUCAAUUCUUGCUAUUUUUUCAUGUAAUUAAUACUGCUUAGAUAUGCCACUCAAGCUAAUGAUAUACUUCAUAAUUUAGUACAAAUAUUUGUUUUGCAGUAUUAGACAAAGCUUUUAAAAAGUAUUGUUUUAACAGUAGCAAUGACCAGAAGCUUAUGUGGUGAGUGAUUCCAAAUCAGCUCAGCCAUGAUAAUCAGUUUUGUCUAUUGACAUCUUUGGCAAAAGCUCUCAGGUUAUCAUGAAACUGUACACCAGAUGGAAAGACUCAGCUGCAAAUAACUUAGUGCUAUAGGUUUUGCAGGCAGUUCAUUAAAUAUUGUUAACAUGGAAUGUAUUUGUUAAUCUCUAAAUAUAUGCAUAAACAUUCAUGUACACAAGUGAUAAUCAGCUUUCAUUGUUGCAUAUUGCUCUAGAAUCUAUUGAGAAUCCUACACUCCAAGAUGCCUGAUGACAGUAGGUGUUUGGUCCCUGUCUCCCCUAGGACUAGAUCUUUAGGAGGGAAGCAGGACUAUUCUACCUUCAUGCUGUGGUGCACAUCCCACAAAAGACAAUGACUUGUCCAAAGAGAUUAAAUAUUGUAAAUAUGUGAAAAUUAGCAGUGCCAAUCAGUCAGUUGAGUGGACCAGAGAUGUCUUGUGCCAUAACAGCAUCACCAUUUUCAGAAUACUGCUAUCAGUUUUUAUAACUGGGGAUGACUUUAAAGUUUAUACAUUCUAGUCAUAUAUAGGAUGUGUGCCUCAUUCAACAUAAAACAAGAGCAAAAACUGAGAAAUGAAGGGAUCAAUGUAUGCUACACAACAAUUCCUAAACCACAAUUUAAAAACUGCCUCUCAUAUUUAUUUUCUUAGGGUAGCUCCAUGCAGUCUUUCAGAUUUUUAUAUAGACUAAAUGAACUUUGAUUUUGUGGUAAAUAGUGAAGUUCUUGAAAUGGGGUGAAAAAAAUUUGAGAAAAUUAAAAAUACAGCACUGUUAAUACUACCUAGUUAACUUGUUAUUUUAUGAGAGUUUGAGUUUGUGUAUGGGGCACAAAUAUAUUAAAUAAUGUGCUUUUCCCAGGAGCAGUUAAUGUUGUAAUUAUAUAUGGGUGAGAGUUAGUGUUUAUUUCACAUGGGGUAAAAAUGUCUUACAUAAAAAGUAAACAUUUUAUAAACAAAACUUUUUUUUCAUAAUAAUUACAAAACAAGGUGUUCUUUGAAGAGAGAUUUAUGCUCUACUUAAAAUUUAAUGCAUCAUGCAAUACAUGUUUCACACAAGCAGUGGGUAUUGUAAGCUGACAAGACAAAGUAUCUCUGAAAUACACUGCAUAUCAUCAAAUUAUUAGUUGCCUAUUCAGCCCUUUCAUCGGGAAUAGGAAGAACUGGAUUAUGUGUUCUUUAGGACAAAACUCCAUCUAAUGUAUUUGUACCUCAUGACUGGCAAGUUGUGUAAUGCUGGUUGAUUCCAUUGUGUGGAGCACAGAAUCUGCAGUAAUGGCCAGGCAAAGAAGCAGCUUUUUUUUAAGUACAUAAAAUGCAUAUAUAUUUGUACCAUAUUUAAAGUAUUUCAUAAAUGUUGGUUGUAUCAAUGUAUUAAGAAGUACCUAAUUGCUAGAAUGAAAUCUACAACAGUUCUGAAAUGAUAUUAUCAGCUCUUUUUAGAAAUUUACAAAAAUGUAUGUGCAUCUACAAGAGAUGGGUUUUGAUUCGCUUGGUCUUUCAUGUAUUUAGGUACAAGGCACCAAAGCAAUCUGACAAGACAAUAUAAACAACAUUUUGUAACAUGAUGGAUAGUUUUCUGGAAUAAAAUCCCACCAAGAGUGUUUACAGUGAGUAGAGUAAAAAGCAGUGUUCAUAUGUGGACUCAACACAUCUACCAUAGGUACUUUUCUAUAUAAACAGUGCUUGAAGUCUGUGUUACUAAGCUAAGAAUAAAUAGAAUUGGAUACUGUCACUUACAGCUGGCCCUUUGUAAACAAAGUUUGCUCCAGGCUUUUCAAGAAAAUUGUAGUGUAAAUGAAACAUUAUUUUGUGAGAUUUCACAGUUAGUACAAGUCAUUUGGGUUCUUAUGGAAUUUAUUAUCUCAAUUUAUUUAUUUAUUUAUUUAUUUAUUUAUUUUUGUUUUUUUUUUGUUCAUAUUGCAUGCCUGCACUUCAUUGUGAUGCAAAUAUGUCACUGGAUGUGUUCUAGGAGUGGAAAGGAGUUGUAAGUGGCAACUGGUCUCUAGGUAAUUGCAUUUAUGGCCAAACUGAAGUGUGAUAUGGAUCUCUUUUAGUACACCUACUUCUCCUGUGAAGAGUUAAUUCUGUAGACAGUCUACAGAAAAGCAGCUGUGGUUUUAAAAAGUUGCACUGAACCAGCUGAUUGUACCGAUUUAUUUUGUGCAAACAAAGUGCUGCUCGACAUGAUAAAUUUGGUGUGAUGACACUUCUACUGCAUCAUCCUUGGCUUCACCCCCUAAAGGGGUCAGCCGCUGCUCAAUGGACUCUUUGUCGCCAUCAGACAAAGAGAAGGGAAAACAUGCCAUUUGUGAUUAUGGACUUUAGUUUGACUAAGGGCAUAGCCUGUUAUUUGCUAUUAAUGUUGUUGUUAUAGUGGAUUGUUAUGUACUGGAGUAGAUAGCUUUACCAAUUUGAUUUGGAGAGGGUUUUGUAACAGUCAGCUGGUAGCCAACAAUUCUUUUAUAUAUCAAAGUUCUUACAGUAACUUAUACAGGACAUGUAAAAGAUAAGUGUUUUAAACCCAAUGCAGUUUUAACCAACAAGCAUUAAACGUUCAUAAGAGAGAUAUAACAACUGUUGGUAAUAUAUUUUAUCUGGUGUCCAUUAUUCCAACUAUUACCCACCAGAGAUUCAUAACACUUUGUUGAUAUAUAAUUAUCAUCUUGCAGUUUGGUACAGAUGUUUAAUACAUUUUGUGAUAAUGUAUAUAUUUGUACAGACUUUUUAUUAAAUAUUCUUACCAGCA